AUGGCCAAAGCAUCAAAACAGCCCUUCUUCGGUUACAGAGGAGGAUGGCUCACCUUCUGGAUUACAGUUGCAUGCGCAACUGACAUGACACUAUUUGGCUAUGACCAAGGCGUUUUCAGUGGUGUCGUCGUAACUCAAGACUUUCUCAAACUUCAUAACCUCGUCGGCCCAACAAAGACCAACCUUCUUGCCACUGUAACUGCAAUCUACGACAUUGGGUGCUUUGUCGGCGCUGUCAUUGCGUUCACUAUAGCUGAAAGACUUGGGAGGAAGAAGGCUAUUAUCGUCGGUACAGUGAUCAUGUCUAUUGGUACUGUUAUAAAGGUUACGUCGUAUAGUCUUCCGCAGAUGAUCGUGGGGAGAAUAGUCCUAGGGAUUGGCAAUGGUGUCAAUACCGCUACAGCGUCGAUAUAG